UUUUUUACGUGUGUUAUGAUGUGGUUAUAUGCGUAUACAUCCUCAGUAUGCCCCUUAAUUCAUAUAUCAUCAUAUGUUUUCUUCAGAUAUUGCUUGAAGAUAUGAAGAUAUCAGAACAACUGAUUGACCUGGUCUUUUAUCUGUUGUUUGUAGAUAUGUACUUACUACUUCGUAUCCAGGAAUCUCACACCAUUCCCAAUGACAUGGUUCUUCUUCAUGCGGCUCUCGUAGCUUGCAGUCUACAAUUGUUGACAGUCAUUGUUUCUCCACAUUACCAAGAGGUUGCUCAAGCAUUGACUGCGUAUUACAAGGUGUAUAUAUUCAAAGAGGCAGCAUUUGCUGCUGUUUGUGUAGAUGUCAAGUAUCUGCAGACCAACGAUUCAUCUAGAAGUGCAUCCCCUACUACUGAAGAGACCUUGAAUCAUCUCUGGCAGCAGUGUGAUUCUUCUCUUCAAUUUCUACAGCCCCUGUGUCAGCAAAAGUUGUUCCGGGAAUGCAUUGUUAACAACCAGGAGCUUGGGAAGGGCUGGACUGCAGAGCAACUAGCUUCCUGUGUUGGACUCGGCCCUGAUGAAAAAAGGAGUAGCUCUACUUCUCAUCUUUGUAGUCGUCAAAAUCCUGGGCUUUGA